AUGGGUUGUCAACUUGGGAUGCCUUAUCCUUACGUAUUUUCUCCUACUCAACCACCUGUCAUACUUUCAAAUGAAUCAAGAAGGGCAACUAUUGAUCCAUUUAUCAGCGACAAAGAAUCUCUAACUCCAUCAUCUGCUCCUGUAACACCAUCAUCUGUUCCUGCAACUCAGUUGCCACCACACUCAUCACAAGAAGAGCGUGAAAAGGAUCAAGUUUUUUUGAAACGUAUAGCUGAUUACUACAACAAACAUCGCCCCACUGGAUCUAUGACGAGUAGUUAUCAGCGGCUGAAAUCACAUUAUUAUAGCGAUUGGAGUGACGAGAAUGUGUUGGAGAAUGCACUGAAUAUGUGGAAAGCCAACAAUAAAGGUAAGGAUUUUAAGUAUAUGUAUAUGUGGAGGGUUCUCAAAGAAUAUGAGAAAUAUACUCCACAAUCAGUUGCUCAUUACUCUAACAAGAAGGCAAGGACAUCCAAAUCAGGGGGAAACACUUCGACAUCAAAUCCAGAUACAAGUGUUGAUUUAGAUGACUCUGAAGUCCGCAUUCGUCCGAUAGGACAAAAGGCAGCGAAGAGAAAAGAUAAUUCUAAAGCCAGAGAGGGCGACACAAUGGAACAUUGCAUCGACAAAGAAUGA